GUUUCAGAGUGGUGGUCUGUGGCCUGACGUCAUAAUGACGUUUCCGUUGACGUUUGAGAGACCGACGUGAUAAUCAGCUGUCCUUUUUUUUAAAAACAGUUUACACCGCUUCAAUAACACUCGAUGGUCUGCGAUCGAAUAGCUUUUAAGUUACGUCGUGAAUUCGCCGACGCCUUUUUCUCAACCACGCGCACACGCACGCUGGCUUUCAGUUAUCCAGCACGGGAGUUGUUCCCGUUUAGAGUCACCUGGGUCCCUGAAACCAGAGCUGUGUGUUCUGCAUUGUUGAAUGCUGCGAAACGUGUGCAGGAGUAAAUCUCCAACUAAUAUCAUUGCAGGCUAACAAGUCUUCUGAGGCACAGUCUGCGGAACGUAAAUGAUGAUGUAAUUUGUUUGUGCAUGUGACAGGUUUCAAGAAGCUGAAGAACACCAACAUACAGGAAAAGCUCGACUUUGAGAUGCGAAUGCGCGAGGGUGCGUACAAGCUGCUGCUGGCCUGCAGUAAGAGAGAACAGGUUCUCAACGCCUCCAAGAACCUGCUGACCUGCAACGCCAGGAUCAAGGGUUACCUCACGCAGCUGCAGAAGAAGAAGAAGCAGCAGGAGGAGCAGGGUGGGAUUGCAGCGGCCAUGAGAUCUUCAGAUCGAGAUGAUCGAGUGCCCUGUAAAGGGACAAUUGCAAUGUCUGGGCUGCGCAUCCCUCUGAUGUGGAGGGAUUCCGCCUACUUUAACAACAGAGGCAGCUCCCGUCGCGUGGCGCUUUUCUGUCUGAUGCAGAUGGGCUCGGAGGUGUUCGCCACAGAAAUGUCCGUGGUGGACAGAUCGGUCACUGAUAUCUGCUUUGAAGGAGUCGCCGUCUUCAAAGAAGCGCUUCCCCAGUUUGAGCUCAGGGUGGAGUUGUGGAGCUGCGCGCUGGAGGAAGAGCUCACGUUGGUGAACACGCCAAAGAAACUGGCCAAGAAGCUCCGCUGCUCCUUUGGAAAGACGGCGGGGAAGAAGCUGUGCCCCCCGGUGGACAAUCCCGACCCGGACACCUUCUUGCAGUACAACCCCAUACCCAUGGGAGCCAAGUACAACCUGCUGGCCCACACGUCUCUGUGUCUGCCCGAGGCUGAAGGCAGCUUUCAGUCUCACUCCCUCGUCGUCCUCCAAGACGCUGAGUGGUCCUCCUGGCUUCCACUCUAUGGCAACCUCUGCUGCCGGCUGGUGGCCCAGCCUGCCUGCAUGACGCAGACCAUGACGACCGGCUACCUGAGCCAGAAGCUCAAUGUCGAGGGGAUGUACCGCUGCUGCAGCCUCUACUGUGCGCUGAGUUCUGGCCUUUUGUCCUGUUACUUCACCCCGGAAGAGAUAGAUGCUAAAGUGGAGCCCACUCUCCAAGUACCCGUCAACAGGGACACCCGCAUCCGCGUGAUGGAGAAAAAGUCAGCCGGCCAGAAAUCCAGGAGUCUGUCCAUCAUCAACCCUUCACCAGAGGGCGCUGAGACCGUCGUCUUCACCACAGAGAGCAGCCAGGAGCUGGAGGACUGGUUGGACGCCCUCCGCCAGCACCUCUACGAUCAAAGCCAGUGGCUGCAAUGCUGCAACGGGCUAAUGAAGAUUGAGGUCGCUUCACCACGGAAACCAUCACUCUUCCUCACCAAGCAGGCGGACUCUGUUUACAAUGACCUCAGUAUAAAUUCACCCGGCAAGUUUGAGAGCAUCACAGACAUCAUCCACAGCAAGAUAGAGGAAACGGAUGGCCGCUUUCUGAUUGGUCACGAAGAGGAGAAGGAAGCGCCUAAUUGGUCCUCCCUGUUUGAAGGGUCCCAUUCAGUAGUAGUGCAGAAGGGUUUUCUGCCCCAGAGCAAAACUUCCACCCCUUGUUCAAGCCCCAACACCAGCUCUACAUCCAUCAGCAACAAGAAGCGCCGUGCGCCACCCCCGCCCUCCGACAGAGAGCCUCAUGCUCCUCCCAGCCGCCCCGCAAGACCUCCGUCCCCCACCUCUCUCCAUCAUCCGCCUCCUCCCUCAUACAAGGAGAAGGAGAACUCCGGCAUUUGCACUUCACGCCCGGCCACAAGGUCCAAAACUGGCAGACCGUCUCUGGAUGCCAAAUUCUCCGCCAUCAUCCAGCAGCUCCAGCGGGGCAACGCUGGUGGGGCUGGAGCCCUCAGCCGGAAAAACGCCCCAUUGGGCGUCCUCGAUGUGCAACCACAAGGUCAGCCUCCCCUCCAGCAGCCCGAGUUCCAGAACCACAGCACCGAAGGUGAACAUGCUUUCGUCAGACCGAGUCACGGCCCUGCACCUGUUCCUGCAGCGAGGAGCAAACUGAGGAAGUCCUUCAGAGAGAGGAUGAACCUUUAAAGCCUUGUGACCUCGACCCUCAACAAUAAGUAACCCUACUAAUACCAAUACCUACCCACUCAUACCAAUACCUGUUGACAUUUUGGAGAAAGGCUUCAUAUUGCGAUAUGUCCCUCUCAUCUGUACACUAAAUAUGAAACUGUGGCCCGAAGCGUUUAGCUUAGCUUAGCAUAAAGACUGGAAAACGUCUAGCCUAGCUCCCUCCAAAGAUAACUCUGCUUAGUUAGUUAGUUUAGGUUGCGAAUGUAUUUGUAACCCGAAUAGUGCAAAAUUAUACAUUUUACAUACAUCAUUUUACAUCAGGUUGUAUGCAACACUUGUUUGGGGGGGUGGAUCUGAUGGUUAGUCUUAUGCUAACGAUAUGACGCCUAGCCAAGAACUCGUCUACUACAUUAUGCCGUGUAAGUCCACAACUACUUAUUUUAUGCUUUGGUUUCAUAAUGAUAAAUAAACAACAUAUAAUGUAUAGAUUAGUGAGCUAGGCAGAUUAAGUUUUGUUUUAACCUUUUAAACAGAUUCAGGCUAGCUGGUUUCCCCCUUGCUCUCGAUUUGUUAUGCUAAGCUAACCAUCUGUUGGCUCCGACCUCAUCCCGCAGUGAUGGAUAAGAGUGAUAUUGUCUUCAUCAUCGUACUUUCCCAAAUGUCGACCUAUUUCUUAACCUUAAGGAUGGGCUGUGUGACCUGGUCCCUUAAAAUGUCAGUCCUGGCGACCACUAACCCCCGUCGACACCACCUAUCACAAUAUCAAUAUUGUAUCUCCAUUCUCCGCUUAAGAAGUCUUUCAGCUGCAGCCAACCCGUAGAUAAAAUGAAACGCCGUACGUUAGCCUGAGCACUGCCCUCAUCAAUCCCACUAAAAUAGAAAGGCUUAUUUUUCAGCUCUGGAACAUGGACGGAAGAAAGGGCCUUUGCUAAAGCACUCAAAUUGGAAUUGAUCCAUUGGCCGACCGAACGAGUCAUUCCUUUUGGAACUAUUGACUUAUUCCACUCACUGUGACAACUUUAUGACCACUAUAGCUGAUUUUAAGGGAACAGGAUUUUAGGAGCAAUUGCAAGCACUAAUGUGACUUCACCAUUUCUCAGGGGUCUUUAUAAUGGAGUGACCUUGGUUUUCAGUGGCUACAUAGCAUGUCCAGCAUAAUUUAACAGUGAAGGCUGUAAAUGUCAUGAACAUAAUCGAAUGAAUGAGUCCUUGGAGUGGCUAAAAUAAUGAAUGCCCUUGUGUUUUGAACAUAUCCAAUACUGCCAGCCACUAAAACAUUUCAACCACUUAACAGUCACAUGUCGAAGAAUGGCCUUCAUAAUUACUCUCGGUGUACAAAACAUUAGGUUUAGCUACUUUUGAUGAAAUCGGCUGAUCAGAUGAAGCAGUGGGGGGGAAAACUGCAACCCUUUUCUUUUUUCUUUCUUUAUCUCACCCCAUAAAAUUCAGUUUUAUCAGCAGGGGGAGAUUUAGUUUAACCUUUGAAAGAACCCGAGAAUGGAUUGCACAAUAGGGGACGCUGCUCAAUAUUAGAAAUGUUUUAUAUGCUCUGUGUAUUACUAACACAUUCGUCACUUUGAUGUAGUACUUUAGAUACCUGGAAAAACAAGAGGUGGACCGUGGGCGGUAUGAUAACCGCUAAAAUCCCCACGGUAAAUACAUGUUUUAUACUUCCUGUAUCUUUCAUCAUAAUCUCGACCAUUUCCAGUUAGUGAGCAUAGUAGAGAAUAAGGCCAUUGGAUUGCUGGCCAAUUUUCUGACAGUUAUGGUGAAGGGUAACAUUGUCGUAGUAUUUAAUGAGAACUGUGUAUCCGGAGUGAAAGCAGCACAUGAUGCCCCUGAGGACAUUAUGCUUGAUGGAAAGCAUGUGAUUUAAAUGUACACUUGUUUGAUUACUAAAAAAGGACGGAACGUUCUGAGCCAGAUUUACAAUUUUUUUUAUGUUUGUCUUUUUAUAUGACUUGUUAGUUAAUAAUUUUGUUUUUCAUCUUGUUUUUGAUUUAAAAGUUCUGUAAUUUCCUUUAAUAGUAUACAACUGCCACUCAUCUCAAUUUGACUUUAGCAUGUUAUUUAGAUUUGCUUAUUCUCUGUAUAGUGCGAUGUAAAAAAAAAAAUAAAAAAAAAAAGAGAAAUGAUUUAGGUUUCUUAAAAAGUGCAAUGUAAUCCUCACUCUUCACCUUUUAUCUGGGAAUUUUUUUUUAUUGUUCUUUUAUUGCUGAUCUGCAAUAAAACGGUCGACAUUCUA